GGCUGUGAUGUGCGAUGCACAGAGCCUGACAGGCUGUGUCUGCGUGGGACCCGCGCGCAGAGCGUGCCAGCCACGCUGUCACCUGCAGACCGAGCCCGACGCCCAGCCAGCCCUCGCUCUACGCCAGAAACUGGGCUGCAGCCAGCGCCCGGCCUCGGUGAGGCAGGUUACCGGCCCCGCCGACCUCCACACGCCGCCACUGGGGACUGGAGCGCGGGCGCCCCACUCACGUGACCCGCAGUUCCCUGCCUUAGCAACCGCCCGGCGCGGCGGCUGUCGCUGGGGUCGGGGCUCCGCGCCCGCCAUGCCCGCGCUGGUGACGCUCCGGUUCGGCCCCUACCGGAGCUGCGGGGUGUUGGAGCACAGGCCCUUCCGCCUGCAGGGCCUGCAAGCUGUGUUGCAAGCAGAGGGUCACCAACUUAUUCUGGAAAAGAUACCGGAUUGGAAUAAUGUAGAACUCAUAGUGAAUGGAGAGACUGUUUUCGAGUGCAACAUUAAUGAUCUAGACUUUGGCUGCGAAUUCUCAGGACUAUCACAGUCAUGACAAGAAUAACCACUGGUAAAAGAGUGUAAUUUAAUGAAAUUCAGUGACAUGGAGAGAACUAGCAAAAGGCAUGUGCACCAUUUCAUUGAGAUUUAAGCGACGCAUAGGCCUUGUGAAAAGCAGUAAAUAUCUCCCCAUAUGGAUAAGCAGAAUAUAUCUUGUUUGCUCACAAGCCUCUUCUGCUUAUUUUAUACAUUAAAGUUACAGUAUCCCCCAUAAUAAUCACUCAUUUCCCAUAGGUGCCACAGUCAAUGAUUUACUUGGAAGAAUUAAAAAAAGCGCUGAUGCCAGCACAGAUCUGGGAAUAGUGUUUAAUCAGUAAGAGGUCCAUCAAUGGGUAUUAGCCAGGAUGGGCAGGGAUGCUUAAACAUGCUGCCUCUGUUUGCCAGAAGCUGGGAGUGGAAGAAAGGAUGGAUCACUUGAUGAUUGCCUGUUCUGUUCAUUCCCUCUGAAGCACUGAACACUGUUGGAAGACAAGAUACUGGGAUAGAUGGACCAUUGGUCUGAUACACCAUAGCCGUUCUCAUGUUCUUAUAGGGACACUAUCAGGAUGUUUUAUUUUUAAAUGGUCUGUUAUCUGUUACUAACAGCACCUAACAUUAUUAAAAUCCAAAACAGUAAGAAGUCUCAUUUACUUUUCACCAUGUAUGUUGAUUGAAUAUUCAUUUUUUGUGCUGCACUUAUCUAGGCAAUGAAACUAGAAAAGGCUGAAUGUCAGUUUUAUUCUUUUGUUUCUCAUGCACUAAACCUCUUUCUUUCCCCCUGACCCAUCUGAAAUGGAGAUAAUCCUCACCUACAUCAUAGGGCUGUUAUGAGGCUUAAUUCUUUAAUGUUUGUGAAGUGUUUUGAGAUUCUCUGAUCAAAAGUGCUGUAUAAACACAUACUACAGUACUGCAAUAAUCUGGAUGCAAAUACUACAGGGGAAUGUUUAAAUGGAAAAGUACAAUUUAGUUUCACAGCUUUUAACCAGUGAACAAAUGUAAGAUUUUUGUGCUUUAACUAACGUAUUUGAAGCAUCUCUGUAAUUGCUAAUAAUGGUUUAGGAUUAUUCUGAGAUGCUAUAUUUAGAAUCUUGAGAGCAUUCCCUACCAAAUUAUAUCUUUUUUUUUUUAAACUGGAAAAUAACUUAACACAAUAUAGAAGUGAGAUUUUUCUGUUCUGGCAAGGAAUAUAUGAUUCAAGAUAGCUAAUUACUCCAAAUAGGUUCAUGCAAGAAAUCGUGAGCUGCAUUAUUAACCUGCCAACUGAAUGAAAAUGUGUAACUUUGUUACCUUGUGCCGUGUGUUAAAGAUAAGGAAAUAUCUCUCAUUCAUACAUAUAUGUAUGUUAUAUAUACAUGUGCAUGUUACUGUUAAGGAAAUGUGAAGUACAGUUUGAAGUAUCAUGAAUUUGUAAAGGUGGUCAUGUGCUUACUGAUUAAUGAUAGGGCAUAGAACAUACCAGAGAAACUCAGUUUGCGCUCUCUUGGCUUUCAUAACAAAGACAGAUACCAUAAAAUUACUACAGUUCUCUGCAUCAAUAUAUUUAUUGAGCUCAUGAACUUUGUAUAGUGGGUUCACUAAAACAAAUAGUAUUGUAUUAGUAUGUCUAAUAAGGGAAUUGAAUGAUCUUUGAAACAAGACCUAAAAAUAACCAACCCCAGUCUGGAAUUUCCAUCUCUUUUCUUCUCAUACAAAUGAAGAUCACAAUAGUGGCACCCAAGAGAAGGGAAAAUAUCCAAAGAAUUUGAUGACAGUCUCUGCAGGAGCAGCUU